UUAUGAAUAUUACUUGUUUUAUUGUAGCAACGAAAGCGUCCAAUUAUUUCUGCAGCAUCAAGCCAUCAACAAGAGAAAAUAGACAAGCCGUUCUCUGCUGUUCAGUCUUAUUACUAUAUAAUUUACCUUCUUGUGUUUUGGUUUAGUCUUCGAAGAAAAUUCAAGUCCCAAAUAUAAAGAUCACAGCUGACUUAAAAAUGAAGGGAAUAAUUCUCUCCACACACUCACAAUACAAGCCCAUAUGUACUAAAAUCUCCGCCGCCCUGUCUGGUACCGAGUAUGAUGUCAUCGUUAUCGACGAGAGCUCCCCUCAGUCCUUGGCUGUGCGCGAAGAAGCAGUCCGCUGGUGUGCGAUGUUUGUCGUCGUGGGCUCGGUGCGCUACCAGCGCGAUGCAUAUUGUCAGGAGUUGGCCAACUACGCAAAAACGAUCCGCAAACCGAUCGUCACAAUUUUGGCUCAGAGUAACUACAAACCCUCGGGCGCAAUUGGGGCCAUUGCCGUUGCAGGAACAACCGUAAUUGAUUUCACCGAUGAUUUUUCAAACUCCCUCAAAAUUUUGGAAAAAGAGCUGGAAUCGAAAGCGUGGAGUACCGAGAUACCCAAACCAGAAAUCAUUCAUUCGAGCUCGACGCCAAACCUGUCCCAAACUGCAAGUAAAUCAGGCGGAGUCUUAAUUUCGUAUCAAAAUGAUGCGGCCCAUGUUGCCGAACUGAUAAAAUCGGUUUUAGGCUCAACUGCGUCGUAUAUAAAUCCCUCCCAAAAUGCAGGCAAUGAUAAGGCAAUUUCGACCUGCCAAGUUUUCGUUGCCGUUCUUUCACCUGAAUAUCAGACCUCGACCGCAAGUCAGAAGAGUUAUGAAACUGCAAGACUCUACCGAAAGAAAAUUGUUCCGGUGAUCGGAGCCUCUAAGUACCAGGCCACCGGUUGGCUGGCGUUAGCCAUUGCUGGAAAGCUGUACUAUGAUAUGCCCAAUCGGGAAAAGGCAUACAAGAAGUUCUACGAUAGCUCACUUAUCAACGACUUUCGCUUCGCCGUCGAAGCAUUCUUGCAACCACACGCUAGCGAGGAGGAGCGAGAAACGAAGGAGAUACAAGCCUUGGAAUUACAACUUGAGGAUUGUAAGAAGAAACUCGACACCUGGCCACCAAAACCGAGACCACAGGAAAGUAAAGUUGCUGAGGUCGAAAGUGCUGUAAAAGAGCUAACUGUGGAUACAAAAAAAGAUUUGGUAUUUAAUUACAUACAUCACGAGGUCACUCGCAUGUCCUUCGUUCCUCCGAAGCCUUUGUUCGAUCACCGAGGUGUCCCUCUGAGGCGCAAAUUUGAAGCUAUGUGUUCGUACCAGUGGUCUAUACAAGAUUUUGUACGAGAUUUUUACAUGGAUCUGCACAUGCGCAAUUUGGAAGUGUGGAUGGAUAUUUGGGGAGGGAUGCAAGGAAAUAUUUACGAGGCCAUGGCAAACGCCGUCGAGUGCUCAACGACAAUCAUUUGUUUCCUCACAGCAAAAUAUCAACAGUCACUGAAUUGCUGCUUAGAAUUAAAGUAUGCUCUCUCUAGAGGAAAACCUAUCAUAUUUAUAAAAGUAGAACCCAAGCUCUCACUGCUGCCAUGGAUAUCUGAUGUCGUUGCUCGCUCCAAGGUUUUCGAAAUGAGGUCUAUCUCCGACGCGGGAAUAAAAGAUGAUGGCAUCCCACGAAUUAACCGCAUUUCCGAAUUCAUCCGAGCCUACUCCUCGCGAGGGCCCACGAAAGUCCUGGAGGAUGACGUCACAGAGGAAGUACACGCGAGGCGUGAAAUGCUUGAAAACGCUCUGUAUUGGAUUCACCAGAACCAGGGAACGUCGCGGUAUUCGAAGUGUGGUAGGUGUGGGGCGGAGUUUGAUGAUAAUUCACAAGAUGGAUGUAAAGAGCACGGCGCGUAUUUUAUGGGGGGAACGAUCUUAGCUGGGCGGUGGGUGUGCUGUCAGCAGAGGUCCAAAGAUUCCCCUGGUUGCAAGAAAACAAAGCACACCACUACUGUUUUAAAAUGGGAAGAAAUAUCGGGUUAUGGCGGUUGUUACAAGUGGCAAUAGAUAACUCUCACAAUUAUUAUUCCACAAAGGAAAAUAUAUACAUUAUAUAUACAGAUCCAACAUAUGACGGAGGUCCUAAAAAAACAGCUAGGACAACACCUUUGUAGCCACAAAGUUGAUUGACUUGCUUAAGUUUGCCUUAUUCGUCUUAAGAAACUUUCACCUUUUUUCAUUGCUAUUUAGUCAAAAACUCUUACAUACAUACACUGAUUUGAUGUUGUUUUACUGUAUAAAAUUACAUUAUAUUAUAACUAUAAAAAAAAUUAUAAAUUUUCUCAUUUG